CAGCAGUGGAAAGAGUUGAACAUUUGCUAAGGGUUUUUGUUUGGAGUUCUAAGAAAUGCCUCACUUUCGGAGAGGAGGCAGUUGGGAGGUUAUUUCUGGACGGAGAGGCAGUGGUAACAUCCAGAAAUUCACAAGCGGGUGUAUCUCUGGCCAAACUGUCUGCCCCCUUCCCCACCCCCCUCCAAGUUGAUCACAGUUCUUGGCACUUUCGGUGCCCUUUAAAACAUGUGCACUUCCAGCCCCUGCUGCUCCGAAGAGCUGGUGGGGGGAUCCGGGGAAUGAAGGGUCUCUGCACCCUCCAGUCUCUGUCACUUGCUUUUCCAGCCUGGCCCCACCUCUCCAGGCCUCUCUGUGCUCCCCUCCCACACGCACACUGCCUCCCACCCCCUCGUACUAUCAAUGUGAGAGCAGGGCUGCUCCACCCCCCUUCAAACCCCGCCAGCCGGGCUGCUGUGAGGACUCCUGCUGCCAGGAAGGGGCACACCUGGGUUAGAGCUCAGCCGUCCUCCAGCAGAGCCCUUCUGCUCCGGGUGCCAGGUCCUGACCCACAGGGGCCGGGGGCUCAGCCAGAGCCGGGGCGCCCGGUGCAGCUGGUGCGUCUGGACGAGGAAGGGGGCCUGACCCUGGACGAGGAGGCCCUGAGCCGCUGCCUGGAGCAGGGUGGGGUGGGGGAUGCCCCCGUCUGCCUGGUGUCCAUCAUCGGGGAGCAGCGCCGGGGCAAAUCCUUCCUGAUGAACUGCCUGCUGCGUCGGCUCCAAAGCCCGGAGGCUGCGGAUGCGUCAUGGAUGGGCCAAGAGGACCAGGCCCUGGGGGGGUUUGAGUGUCGCAAUGGGAUGGCGACCGUGACGAGGGGGGUGUGGAUGUGGGACCAGCCCCUCUGGGUCCAGGCCCAGGGCAGGAGGGUGGCCGUGUUCCUGGUGGACACCGAGGGCUCCCUGGACCUGAAGCGCCGCCUGGAGACCAGCAUCAAGCUCUCCGUGUUCAGCAUAUUGCUCAGCUCCUGCUGGAUCUUUAACAUUUCCAGCACGUUUAAGCAGACGGAGGCAGAUUAUUUGGAGAUGUUCAUUCAGGUUGCGAAGGAGGUUGGAGGGACCUGCAAUCUGGCCCCAAUCCAGCACCUUGACCUGUUGGUGCGAGAUUGGCAGCUCUCUGGAGCCUAUGGUGCGAACGGGGGGCAGGAGUAUCUCAGAGACAUCACACGGGACCUGGAGGCCUCUGCCGAGCAGCCCCUGGUGUUGGAAGCCCUGGGGGCAAGAAGCACCCAGUGUUACCUACUGCCUCACCCUGGCACUGGGUUCACCAGGAGCAGGGCAGGGACACCAGGUGACAUGGACACGAUUUUCCAGCAGUACCUGUGUGAUUAUGUCACCACUGUGGUGCGCUCAGCAGGGACACACGUCCGGACGGACCGAGCCGGGCAGUCGCUGACCGGGGCUCAGCUGGCUGCCAGGAUCAAGGGCGUCUCCCGAUACUUGAAGACCCAGCGCUACGACUUCUCCUCCCCUAUGAAGAUGGCUGAGGCAUUUGCAGCGAUGAGAGAGGAGGUAAACCGGAAAGCAGUCGAAGCCACCAGGAGGGAAUAUGAACAAUUUGUGCAGGAGCUGGACUGUGACCACCAGAGCAUGAGCAGCUGCCUGAGGGUGAAGCCCCUGGAGAUGCAGCAACGGCUGGAGGGGAAACGCCAGGAGCUGCUGGAGCAGGGCCAGGGGGAGCUGUGGGGCAAGGACCCCCAGAAACAGGCGGCCCUGGAGGAGCUGAAGAAGGAACUGGACAAGCAGAUAGCGACGUUCCUGCCGCGCUAUGAACAGCGCUUUAAAAUGGCAGCGAUGAUAGAGGAGGAAAACAGCAAAGCAGUAGAAGCCUCCAGGAGGGAAUAUGAACAAUUUGUGCAGCAGCUGGACCGUGACCACCAGAGCAUGCGCCACUGCCUGAGUGUGAAGCCUGCGGAAAUGCGGCAACGCCUGGAGGGGAAACGCCAGGAGCUGCUGGAGCGCUGCCGGGGGGAGCUUCAGGGCGAGGACCUCCAGAAACAGGCGGCCUUGGAGGAUCUGGAGCAGGAGCUGGACAGGCAGAUGGACGAGUUCCUGUCAGCCUAUGGGCAGCGCUUUAAAAUGGCAGAGAUGGCAGAGAUGAGAGAGAAGGCAAACAGAGGAGCAGUAGAAGCUGCCAGCAGGGAAUAUGGACUAUUUGUGCAGCGGCUGGACCGUGACCACCAGAGCAUGAGCAGCUGCCUGAGGAUGAAGCCGCUGGAGAUGAAGCGACGCCAGGAGAUGAAACACCGGGUGAUCCUGAAACGCUACCAGGGGGAGCUGCGGGGCGAGGACCCCCAGAAACAGGCGGCCCUGGAGGAGCUGAAGAAGGAACUGGACAAGCAGAUGGCGACGUUCCUGCCGCGCUAUGAACAGCGCUUUAAAGUGAAGAAGGCCAAGUGGUUGGGCCUGUACAUUGGGCAGGGGGUUUCCUGGCAGCGGUGGAUGGCUGCGAUGGAGGCCAACAAGAAAGCUGUAGAAGUUGCCAUGAAGGGAUAUGAACACUUUGUGCAGAAGCUGCAGGACCGUGACCACCAGAGCAUGAGCAGCUGCCUGAGGGUGAAGCCUGCGGAAAUGCAGCAACGCCUGGAGGUUAAAUGUCAGGAGUUGCUGGAGCGCUGCUGGAGAGAGCUGUGGAACGAGGACCCCCAGAAACAGGCUGCCCUGAAGGGGCUGAAGCAGGAACUGUCCAGUCAGAUGGCCCAGUUCCUAAGGGCCUACAAGGAGCGCUUUAAAGAGAAGCAGUACAAACGGUGGGGCAUGCGCAUUUUAGAGGGUGCCGUGGUAGUGGCGGGUGGGAGUAUUGGAGGACGCAUCGGUUUGAGUGUAGCUGCGGCUAUGGUGGCGGGUGCAGAACGUUUUAUGGGGCUAGAUUAGAUAGAUAGAUAGAUAGAUAUGAGGGAGUGUAUGGGGAUAGAUAGAUAGAUAGGAAAAAUAUGAAGAACUUCCCACAGGUAGCUAGAUUUCAAAAGGACACAGACUGAAUUAUUUACAGUGGGAUCACCGAGGUCAGAAUCGAGCCCUGACCCCAUCGGUGUCAGUCAAUAAAUAACCCGGCCCUGGAUCCUGUGCUCUGAGCCACCCCCUGCAUCCCUCAGUCACAACUUUCAUUGAUCCUCAUUUUCAACAAGUGAGUUUGGUUGGGGGUUUUUUACAUUUUCUCCCCACCUGAAAAAAUGUGUGUGCAGGGGCAAUUUGGGGUUUUUUUUUCCCUGCUGAUUUGAAAAUGAUACCAAAUCCCAAAAUCCCAAUGAAAGCCAAAUUUUCCCACCAAAAAAGUCACUUCAAAAGCAACAGUUUUCCCACAAAAAAAUGUUUUUUUGUGAUUAAAAUUCAUGUUUUUGGUGA